AUGGUUGCUUUGUUUCGUUUCGUCGCUGUUCUCCUUCCUCUCGCCGCCACCUUCUUCUCUGUCUCCGCACAGGAUUUUCCUCCUUGUGUCGAGUCCUGUGCCAACAGCACUAGUGUCCUUGCAGGCACAAAUUGCACUUCAUCGGAUGACCUCCCUUGCCUUUGCAACAGUGAGAAAUUUUAUCUCGCUGCCGCUGCCUGCGUCUUCAAGAAUUGUAAUGCUACGGAAAUUGAGGAGGCCAUUGCUGGCGUGAAACAACUUUGUUUACCCUACUCCACCGUUUCCUUGACCCUCCCUGCCAGUCUCACCUCCACACUCUCUUUCCCGACGCUUACUCCUGGGAACGGUACUACCAAGGGCGCCACUUCUACCCACAAUGUCAACGUGACUUCCACCAGUGGUCCCACCGGCUCGGGCCCCAGCUCCAGCCCCACUACUUCUACGCGCCGGUCUGGAGCCGCUGCACCUGGUGUGAAGGUCCUCUUUGGAAACGACCCUGUUCUCGCGUUCGUUCUUGGAGCAGCCAUGUUUGGAGCUUACGUAAUUGGAAUGUAG